AUGUUGACUGAAAUUGAAUCAUGGCUGCCUUUGUCUUCAUUGGCGCCGAGAAUCUGUUGUCAGGUCAGCUGUAUGGGCGGGCAAAAUUGCGUUUACUGUAACCACCCAAAGAACGGAUCUUUUAGCAGCACGGGCAGGCCUCAAAUGGCCAUGCGCGAUCAGCAUCUUUCUUUUCGUGACCGCCUCAGCUCAGUUGUGACAAUAUUCAGGCCAGAUCAUGCCUUACUAGUCUGGCAGAAAGCGGUUGACAGACACUCUGAUGACGAUUGUGAUGUCAAUAAUGAAGGACAGACAAUUUCAGCCCACCGUGCUGAGAGAGGAGCUUCUUGA